CGUGCAUUGUGAUAGGACAAUAUGUUCCUGGACUCAGAGCCGCUGCUAAGUGCUUGUCUGGCCCCAAUAACAUUUCCAAAUAAGGAAGGCGAGUGGACUGCACCAUUCCCCACUCUCCCUUGUGCACAGCGGAUUGCACCCCUCCUGGGGUUUCAUGUGAAAGCUGAAUUAAUUGACUGGUGCCAAUUUGUGACGGCGGAAACCUGGAGGGUGCCUGUUGUAUUUCCUGGAGCGGGUUGCACUUUCCCCUUCGGUCUGUGAAUGAAUGGUUGUUGCUCUCUCUCUCUCUCUCUCUGCUGUUUGCCGAGCGCCCGGAUGGUUAUCAGCUGCAAACUGAGCCAAAGCUGAGCUGGGGAUCUGAACCCAGCAAAACUGCAGGCGCGCUCCCAGCUGGAGAAUGUCCCAGGCUGGCUGCCAGCAGACGGAGAGACAUCGCAGUUUUCCUGCCGUCGUUCUCAGGAGCGGAGCCGGGGGCAUGUGUGUGCAGCGUUAGGGGAGAGAGGGGGGGGGAAACCUGCUUUAAAACUGAUGGCAAGCCGCUGGAAGCUGCCUCACCAAACGGCAUCAUGGCCACUCACUCCAGCUUGUACAAUGAAGACAGAAAUUUGCUUCGAAUUAAGGAAAGGGAAAGACGAAACCAAGAAAUUCACCUUGACAAAGAACCUUUCCUUAAAAAUGCCCCCCUCUUUGGUGAGCCAUACAAGACCAAUAAAGGGGAUGAACUUUCCAGCCGCAUUCAGAAUAUGCUGGGCAACUAUGAUGAGAUGAAAGAUCUGAUAAGUAACAAGAGUCAGCAGGACUUCAUUGGUAUACCCAAGAGGGCAGUUCCUUUGGUUUCACAAGAAAAAGAUAAGUGCUUGCUUGGUGCAAAACAGAGUAAUAGUUCACUACAGCCUUCCUUUCACAAUAGCAAUCCACGAUCAAUGGGACCUCGCAGUGCAGUUUCUUCAACCGGUGUCUGCUCCUCUGAUAAGAACACUACAGCAAUAGAACAGAACAGCCAAAGCCUCAGUCAGAACACUAAGGGCUAUAGCUUAUUUCCAAACCGAAGCCAAAAAAAGGACAAUUGCUACAGUGGGCAGGAAACUUGCAAUAGCCAUCGAGUGAGGGAUGACCAGCCAGCGGAUACGGACAGUCGCAGCAAAGUCCAGUUAUCCCAUUUGCAACACUUGCAACCACUGUUACCGUUGUCCUCACUUAUGCAGCCCUUGUCUCCGAUAACACCAUUAUCCCCCUUACAUUCCAGCGGGUUUACCAAUUCCAAAUUGCAACAAAGAAAGAGUAGUCGCAGCAAGGACUGUCCUCCAACAAAAUCUCCAAGUGAACAAGAAGUACACUCCGGUGAUCCUGAGAACUUGUCUUCUGAUCUGAGUGUUUCAGUCCCCAGCCAACAUGCAUCUCAAACUUUUCCGCCAUCUCUACCAUCGAAACCAAACAUGAUACAACAAAAGCCUACAGCAUAUGUGAGACCGAUGGAUGGGCAAGACCAAGCACCUAGUAAAUCCCCAGAACUAAAGCCUCCUGCAGAGGAUUACACUGAGGAACCAUUUGGAAAUAUAGCUGCAAUGAAAGCAAGUGCCAGAGCAAAGCUAUCCAAACUUAAAAUUCCUUCUCAGCCAGUCGAGGAAACAUUAUCAAAUGAAGCCAAUUGCGUUGAAGAAAUCUUAAAAGAAAUGACGCAAUCAUGGCCACCACCUCUGACUGCCAUUCAAACGCCCAGCACAACAGAAUCAUCGAAAUUUCCGUUCCAAAACAAGGACACCCAGCAUGCCCCUUCUGGUUUUAUAGGACACAAGAAAUGUGAGAUCCUUCCACAAAGUUCUCGAGGGGAGAAUUCGACACUUGAAAAUGACCUCCAAAUCAGCAGCAGUGAUGACAGUGAUGGAGAUCAGGUCAUGGAAAAGCCAGUGCCUAUUUCUGCCCCUGAAAGAGCUUCCUUGAUUUCUCAGAGGGAUGAAGCAAUAUCAAGACAUUCCAAUGGCGGAUUAAACAACUUGACAGAAUCUGAGAAUUCUUCUGGCUCUGAUUCAGAGACUGAAAGUAGCUCCAGUGACAGUGAAGGGACAUCAAGAGCUCCAACACCUGAGCCUGAUCCUUCACCAGCAAAUAAAUGGCAACUUAAUAAUUGGAUAAAUCCAGGCCAACCUGCAAUGUCUACUGACAGCCACAGUGAGUUAAUGAAUGGGCACAAUUUUCAAGACAGCCAGACAUCUGAAGCAAAGGACGGCCAUGAUUGUAAUGGCUCUAGCCGAGAGAAAACCGCGCAAGAAAUACCUUGGAACAAAAGUGAGUGGCAGAACUCCCCUGCUGCGCAUGAUGGCAGCACUCGGCAGCAAGCUGUCAGUAAAAACCAACCCAGCAAAUCUGUUAAAACUCUUGUGCCUGAAGCAAACGGAGGAAUUAAAGCUGAAAAUGAACCUUGCACACACGGUGAUAAAGACCAAACUUCCACAGGGCAGGCCAAAGUGAAAAUAAAAGAUGGGCAGCGGUCGAGUGAGAAAAGGCAAUCUGACCCCUCGGCCAAGGUUUCGUCUGAAAAGAAAAAGCACAAGGGUCCUGGCCAGAAUUGUUUCAAAUCCAAGCAAAUAAUAAAUAGAGACUCUUUGUCCACAGAUCAAGAUUCCAGCAAAGGUGAGCCACCUUUGUGUUGUAGUCUGCUUCCUGCAGCCCUUUCACCUCAGAAGCAGGAAUGUGAUGAAAAUGGAGUUAACAUCAGUAAACCAGUCAGGGAGGAAAGCAGGACUACCUUCCCUAAGUGCACUGCUGAGGUCAGGAGUGCAAACAAGUCCAACGUCAACAAAUCUGUCACUAAAGCCAAAGAGGUAAACAGGACUACCUUGCUCCAUCCUGCACAUGAGGUUAGGGAAGAAAUACGGACCAGCAUUGCGAAACCUGACUGUCAGGUUCGGGAGGAAACCUACACCAAUAUUAAUAAACCUGCUGGUAAGGUCAAAGAAGAAAACCGCAGUAGUACCAGCAAAGCCAUUACAAAGGAAAAUAGGACUAAACCGAGUAAACCAGCCAACCAGGCAAAUGAUAAAAUUCUCUCAGAUCAGGUUUUGCCUAUCAGGAAUGUUGAGGAUUUGCAGUCAUCGACAAAAGACAGUAAAGUUCACUGUUCGUUAAUUGUAAAAAUUGAUUUAAGUUUAUUGUCAAGAAUCCCAUCAUUGCCUGGCAAAGAGAGUGAACAACCCAGGAACCGUGUUAUGAAAUGUACUGGCCAGGAACAUCAGGAACAAUUGAAGGAGAGCAAAGAAAGUUCAUCCAGCAAGAUCAAGAGAAAGCAUCCGGUUGAUGUGGUAACGAGUGAGAGCAAAAAGCCAAGGCUGAAUAAAGAAAACAAGUCCUCUUCAAGCCAUCAGGAAUCCAGUCAUAAGCGAGUUCCCCAGUCUUCCUCUGAGAAGGAAAACCCAUUUUUACUGCCACUUCCAUCUCCUGCACAGAAACCAGCAAAGGUAGCCCACAAACAGCACAACAGUGCAAUUAGUACUUCAAGCCAAGUCUCCACCAUGAGUGCUCCUGAUAGCAAGGAUUGCAGCAGCAGGAUUAACUCUUCUUCCAGAUCAUUAUCCUCUAAGCACAAAAGAACUGAGGAUAAACAGUCUGGGCACUUAAAAAGCAAGGUGUCUUGCCAAGGUACUGCCAGUAAAACCACUCCAGAGCAAUCCCUCCCGAAUGGAAAUUCCAAACCCACAAGGCCUCUGCUCAAGUUUGAUGACAAGCAAUAUCCAGUAGAGUAUCACUUACGAGAAGCCAAAAAAGUAAAGCACAAGGCUGACGUCAUGUCAGAUAAGAUUGGGAAAGCUUUCAACUACUUGGAUGCUGCACUAUCAUUUGUUGAAAGUGGUAUAGCCAUGGAAAGUGAGGCACAGCCACCAAAGUCUGCUUACACCAUGUUUUCUGAAACAGUGGAUUUAAUCAAGUACAUUAUGAAACUAAAAAACUUCACUGACUCAUCAGCAACUACAAUAGAAAAAAUAUUUGUAGUGUUAUGUAUUCGCUGCCAAUCUUUGCUCUUCAUGGCAAUGUUCCGAUUUAAGAAGGAUACUGCUUUGAAAUAUUCAAGGACCUUAACCGAACAUUUCAAGAGUUCUUCCAGGACAGUUCAAGCUCCAUCUCCUCGUGUUGCCAGAGGUAUCGGCACACCUUCUCCACUGUCUCAGACACCAUCCCCUGCCAGCUCCGGAGGCUCCCAGCCAGGAUCUAGCUCCGGUAAUGGUGCAAGUGUUGCCAUUCCACACAUGAUUCAUCAGCUGGCUUCCAGCUAUGUCAGCAUCACUUCCAUUUUCCUCCAUGGCCAUGACCUAUGGGAACAAGCAGAUGCACUAGCGAAAAAAAACAGGGAAUUCUUCGCAGAGCUUGAUGCAGCAGUUGGCCUUUUAUCCCUGACCAGCAGCAUGACUGAGCUUGUACACUACAUCAGACAAGGUUUACAUUGGUUGCGACUGGACACUAAAUUGCUAUAACAAGAUGCAGAAAUUCAUUUUGACAUCAGCCAGUUUGUCCUUCAGCACCAAACACACGGCUGUUCAGUGUUUUUUUUUUAAUGAGGAAUGAUAAAUGUAAAGGUGUCUCUCUGCAGCAGAAACUUUAAUAAUGUAGGUCAGCACUGAACUUCCGCAAAAAUGAACCGGCUGAGCCUUCACUUCAUGAACAAAAGUGCAAUUUUUUUUUUUCUCUUGACCCUUGUGGAGUUGGAAGAUUAAAACACUGUCUUCAACAUUUCUUUGUUGACGUCACCAUGAAGGAUGAAGGGCUUGAAAAGACCCCUAUUGGCCUGUGUCCUGGUCAAGAAACAACAGUAGCUGUUGCCUUCUCAUGACAUUCUGGCAACAGUAUACAUAUUGUGCAUUAGCUGCUUUACAUUUGGAUAAAGAAAUGGCAGGUAAAGAAUGUUGUAUUCGGUCACAGGAACAUUGUUGCAGUGAUUACCUGGAAAGCCCUCUAAUGCAAAUACCUAGAGGACAAGGUACAUCCAGGAGGUUAAUAUGUAAAUGUUUAAAGUGUCCAACUGUUAAUUUUAUUCGUAAGUUAGGAGCUGUGAAAAAGAACUUUAAUUUUCUUUGGAUUUUUUUGCCCCAGUUGCAUCCAUAUUUACUACCUUUACUUUCGUAUUUAUUAGAAAUCUAUUUUUGUCCCCAUUGGACCCAAGUAUUGCUGGCAAAGCAUGAUUAACAGAACAAAGUGUUUUUUUUUUGGUGGAGGGGGUUUGGGGAGGAAGGGGGGGAGGAGAGGUUGAUGGGCAUUGCCUGCCCUUUAUGUAGUUCAUAUCAAAGCCAUGUGUAGCUUUUCUCAGAACAAUCUAUUAAUGUUCAGCGUGCCUUAGACAUCCUACUUUGUAUGUAAGUAGUUAUUUCUAGCCAUAGAUAAGUUGCUGCUUCAAGGGUCUGGAGUAAGGAAAAUAUGAAUGGUGUGUUGAGAAGUGGUCAAAUUCCUAUAAUGUGGGUACAAUUUAGUUCUGUAUAGUUGACCUUAUGAGAAAUGAGGAUUUGGCAUAGAUCAUUAUUUCAUCAAUUUCUGUUCCCUGUACACCAGACUUGUCCUGAGUAAAGGUGAGCAAACUGUUUGGAUGUAUAAUUACCCUUUGUGGGGCAAUUUUCUACCUACUGUUUUAUUUUUAUAAAUAGGAAAAAGUGGUUUUCUUGCUGUGGGGUGGGUGGGUGAGGGAAGAGAAAAUAUUUUCCAAACUUGUUGCCACUUUCAGAUUUUAGUUAAAGCCUACUCGGAGCAGGAUUUUUCGGAAAAUGCUGGAAACCUGAUAGCAAUAUAUGGAUUUAAAGGAUCUGGGGAAGUGGGGAGCCCAAUCCAUUGUUGCUCACCUCUAGUCUUGAUAAUGCUGUGAAUGACCUUGGCCAACUACCUGGAUGGGCCCUGUAUAGUCAAAAAUUCUAGCAUACUGCAGCUCCUGCUGCUUGAAGUUACUGGAAUUCAUUAUAAUUUUAUUUGAAAUUGUACUUGCACAUAUAUAUUUUUGCUGAUGAAAUUACUGCAGAAAUGCUCAAGAGUCUAUGUAUUAUAUACACAGUAAAACCCAUAUGAAAUAGUAAACCCAGCACUGGCUGAUCAUUGAAAUGAAUGGGAAAAAGAUAUUCGUGUUGGCGUGUUGAAUAUUGUGUCUGUAUGUUGAACAGUUUCAAAACUGUUCUAAUUAUCACCACCAUGAAGAAAUCUAACACAAUUCAUUAGAAGCUAAAGUGUAUUUUUUUCCUUUUUUAUCCCUUCCACAUAUUUUCAAGAACACAGGAUACCACAAAUGAAGGAAAUAGGAGAAACCCCUACUUUUUCCUUUUCCAGUCCUUUCAACUUCCAAAACAAUUUUCUGUUAGCAUUUAAAACUUGAAAAGGCUGUUAUCAAUUUCCAGGUUAUAAUAUGUACAGAAAGUAUCAAAUAGGUUCAUGCCCUAAAUGGCAUCAACUGUUAUCCAAUCAAUAGCAGAGGUUUCUAUGGAUGCUAUGGCUGUCUUCAAAACUGUGUUAAGAAGGAACAAAUAAUGAUCAGCAGCAGGGAGGAACGAUCAGUCGACUUGACCUGAACAGCACAAGUAAAUGUGAAGUUGGGAUCCAUACACAUACCCUCCCAACCCUGCUAUUAUCACAGCUGUAUAGUCCUCAAAUACUCUCUUUUGUGAGGAAUCCUAUGGCAUACCAGAGGGGAACGAAUGUGUUUUAUUUUGGUGGGUUGGGGGAGUUGUUGGUGGAGGUUGGAAAAGUUUGACCAAAAAAAGCAAAACAAUCACUUAUAAAUUAGGUACAUGCAAGCUCAUGAUGAGUGUGGUUUCCAGAUUGGGUAUUCAAAAAUAACUAACAAUUUCACAGUUAGACCUUGACCAUGACUUUCUGGCUCCCCUUGUAACUUUAAAAUAUUCUUUCAUAGGAUACAGGUGUUGCAGGCUAUUCAUCCCAUUUGUCCUUGAGUGGUGUCAAGCUAACACCGUUGCUGCAGUCAAUGUUGUAUAGGUGAUCCCCUGUGCAGGGAGUUCCAGGUUUUUAAUUGUGUGCUAGACUAAAGGAAAGACAAUAAAGUUGUUUCAGGCAAUGUCACCCUGUGGCUUUGAAUGCCAACCUUUGUUAGCUCUUUGCAGCUGGAUUACAGUUGACUCUCCACUGCCAGUGGUCCCCUUACUCUAAAGUCUGGUGGAAGCAGUCAGACCUAGCUCUGCUGCUUUCCAUAAUUCAACAGCCCACUGACACUGUCUUUGCUGACGCGUUUAGAAUGGCAGCCCAAAUUAAAUCCUAGAAUUCUAUCAGCACCUUCCUAUGCAUCUAGGAAAAUUAGGACUUUAGCAAAGAAAUAUACUUUGCUUUGUUUCUUUCAUUGCCUUCCUCCAGUUUUGAACAAUUUAUUUCUGUUGAGUAACUGCCUGCUGCAAAUUGACAGCCAUGGUAACCAGUCCUUGAGUUCCAUUUGAUUUUUGGCAGGUUCCUCCAUUCAGGUUACUGAUUUCUAUUAAUCUACAUGUUCUGAUGAAAUUAUACAGUUUUCACACCUCUGACCUAUUCACAACUGAUAUCUAGAUGUAACAGAACUGCAAGACUUAUUUUACAGUUGGUUAGAAUUAAAUCUUUUGAAGACCUUCACAGAUUCAUUCUACCUUCUGUUCAGAGCAUACAGAACAAAUAGUAUCCGUUCCAUAAUGAGGUGAUGAGUGAGGAAGUUCAGCCCCAAUUUCUCUAUAAACCCUUCCAGUGGGGGCUGCAUAGCAGUUGACUGUCAUCUUUGUUUCUACCCCCGCUCACAUACACCCCACAGAUUCUUUGCUGUUCCUACUCCACAUCCCAAACAACUACACUGAGCCGAUUAAGCCCUCCUGUCAAAAACUUUGAAUACUUUCCACUUCAUUUAAAUUUAGCAAAGGGUUUGCUAAAUCUAAUGUAUACCUUGCCUCUGCCACUCAAGGUAAAGGCUGUGAUUGCAAUGGGAUGCUGUCUCAACUUUAAAUAUCAUAACUUGCCCCAUCAGCUAUUUUUGCAGAGGAAUCAGUUUAUUUAGGUAAAUACUUAGUACUUAAAGUUUAAGUAAUAAUUAAGUGGUAGAUGGUAAUAUUACACUGCUACUUUAAGAUGAACAUUUCUAGGCUUAAAUUUUCUAAACCAAAUCACAACAGAAAUAUUAUCAGGCGGUGUGUACUGCAUAAGCUACAAGAUUGGCCUUAUUUAACACAAAUGCAGAAAAUGCUGGAGGAACUCAGCAGGUCUGGCAGCAUCUGUAGAGAGAGAGAACUGAAUUAAUGUUUUGAGUCUGUUUUGACUUCAGAAUGCUGAAGUUUUGAAGAAGAUUAUAUUGAACAGAAAAUGUAAACACCCUCUCAGCAGAUGCCGCUAGAUAUGCCAAGUUUCUCCAGCAUUUUCUGUUAGUUUCAGACUUUCCAGUAUGUGCAGCCUCGUGCUUAUAUUUGUUUUUGUUCAAUGUUUGUGUAUUUAAACCUCCAGAAUGUUCCUUGCCUUUUUUUUUUCCCAAGUGGUUUACAUUUUUGACACAGUUUUUCUUCCGGCCUUAUUAAACAUACAGUCGUCUAAAGGUUUUACUUAACAAAAGCAAUGAACCAAAUUCCAGAAAUGUUCUAGAUUUAAUUUAAGCCGGUGUAGCAGUAGCCCUUGAACUACUAAGGAAAAAAUUGGCAGUGACCCUGUUCUUUCUCCAGUGAGCCCCACAGGAAGCUUGAACAAGUGACAUUAGGUGUGGAAAGAAGCUGAUUCUACAGUGAUGCCUCAAAACAUCCAAAAAGAGGUCAUCUCCCUGUCCCAAGAAAUGCAUGUCCAGAGUGAUACUACACCAUCCAUGAGUCCAUAUAUAAAAGGUAUAAUGUUUUAAAUUCCUUUUUAAACCUCACCCUGUAAUGGAUUGAAGUAAAGGCUGUAGAUACCACCUAGUUUUAAAUGCUCCUCUCCCACACCUCACCCUUUCUUCCACAUGCCCAGACUUCAAUUCAUCACCAUUCUCAUGUUACAUUAUAAUCUUUCCAAGCUAAAAUCUGUUAAUUUUUUUAAAAAUUAAACCAUCAAAAAUACGAAAGUUUCUCUUAAUAGUAGGAACAAUGGGUCCAAACUGGUCUUGAUUUAAGUUUAUUCUUGUUGCCAAUUGCUUUUGGGAAACUGAUGAAAUGAAUCACAACAGUGAGGGAUUUUUGUGUAUUUUGUGUAACUAUUUAUUGUGCCUUUAUUGACCAAACUUCUCAUACUUUUAUUUAUUAAAUAUAUUGAAUGCCAAGAUAGGUCAAUAUUGACGUUUCAUCCUGCCCCAUUGUGUUCUUUAAGUUUACCCCUAAGAGAAAUGUCAAAUUUCCAUUAAAGCUGAUAACUCAGACAAGUGCAAUUUGAUACUUUUUUCAAAUACACACUGUUAUCUUCAUUCUGCCGCAGGACACCUUCCAUAUCGUUGCACUUUUUCUAUUUUACAAAGACAGUAUUUGCAAUCUCAAAGGGUUUAUGGGACUUACGUUCUGCUUGUUUAACUGAAAAGAGGAAUGUGUACAGUGUAGCAAUAUUCCUCAUACCAAGGUAAUAGUUGCUACAUAAUAACUCGGCCAUUUAUUUUGGAAUGUGUUGGGUUCCCCAUUAUACGUUUUGAAAAUGUUUGAACUGUUGCAUCUUUAGAGUCUCAUCAUGGACAAAGUAAUCCUGUGCUUGGUCAAAAGCGCAAACGAUGCGGAUGCUUAAUUCCAAUUUCUGAUUUUGGAUAAGAACAGAAACGUUUUUCUUUUUCUGCCCACUGCCGCAUUUUCUGAAACCUGAUUAAGUGGCAUUGGCUAUUUGUUUCUUGAUAUUAUAAUACCUGACAUGUAUUCUUUCCUAAAUUGAAGUUUGGUCAGCUUUUUAUUUAAUAUCCAUAUUAAGUAAGAAAUAGACAAAAUGGAAUUUGUUUCUUACCAGGUUAAUUGUGGCAUGUUUAAAUAUCAUUGAUGCAAACCUUUUAUUUGUGAACUGUAAUUUUCUCAGCGUAACCAAUUUGACUGAAGUCAUGAACAGUUGAUUAGGAUUCUGAUCUAGAAUCAGAAUGUGCCAACUGUAGAUGAUCAAUCUCUGCAAAGCAAUGUACCAAUUCAAAACCCAAAGUAUUAUUAGAACACUGAUCUGUGCCUGCUUAUUGUGAUAACGCAAACAUAACAGGAUAUUCUUGUUUAAACAGAUGGUAUUUUGAGAAAAGUAAAAUAACUUUGUAAUAUUAAGUAAACUUCCAAAAGAACCAAAUCAUGCAUUUGAUCUUUGUAUAUUUUAGCAUAUUUCCAUGAAGGAUGUACACUCUUUGGGCUUCUGUUAAUAAAUAGCUCUCUAGUACAAUGGAACAAUUUACUGCAGAUUUGUAGUGAAGUUAAUUUAACUUUCCUCUUGUGUACAAUCUCAACCCAGAUGAUUAUUUCCCAAUGAAACUGUUUUGUUUAUAAUCUAUAUCCAUCAUCUAUCUUACCUGAAAAAAAGCUGUUUAGUGACGGAUUAUUCUCUUUGACAGGGACAACCGUGUCAGAGGUUUCCCUGCUUUUAAAAAAAAAUAAAAUUUUUAAAAUAAAAAUAUUGUGUGACA